ACUUUGAUCAAACAGCAGUCUCGAGCUGGUUUGAAUGAGCGGCGCGAGGAGCGCGCGGAGGAGAGCGUGUGGAGACAUCCUUGUGUCCAGGACGCGCGCCUUUACUCCACGCGCAGAACACCAUGCUGGAACCCAAGUUUUCACCCGCGCAAUGAAUCCCGUAAACGAGACCAGAGUCGGUAGAAGUGUAGACUUGCAUCACCCCCUGUUUGCUGCUGAAACCUACAAACUUCUGGCUCUGACCAUCGGCACCAUCGGGGUGUUCGGCUUCUGUAACAACGUGGUGGUCAUCAUCCUCUACUGUAAAUUCAAGAGGCUCCGCACACCUACCAAUCUGCUCCUGGUCAACAUCAGUGUGAGUGAUUUACUGGUUUCUCUCAUCGGAAUAAACUUUACCUUUGCUGCCUGCGUUCAAGGCGGAUGGACCUGGAGCCAGGCGACAUGCGUGUGGGACGGCUUCAGCAACAGCCUGUUCGGUGAGGACCGUCAAAACUAUAUUUAUCUUUAAACCAGCCUCUAUGUAUCAAGAUGAAUCCAGUAUUAUUCAAUAUAAACAGAAAUGCCAAAAUUUAAUCAGCCUAUUGUUAUCCAUUAUACGUUUUAAAUGUUUAAAGUGCAAGUAAUUCUUAUUGUUAGACGUUAAAAGUGCAUAUUUGACAUUGAACUACUCUGUCUGUUUAAUAUAGUCAAGCUUACUUGUCUAAAACUUCUAAAUAGUGUUAUUGCAUACACUAUAUAUAAACCUAUAGUCAACACUGUUUUCCAGUGUAUGAAAUGAAUAUCAUAUUUCUUCUCCCUGUCCUUACUUAUCAUAUCAGAUUUAUUUACACUUCUGUAGUAAUUACAAUCUUUAUUUAUUAAACCAUCAUCUCUAUCCCAAUGAUACUUCUUUAUACUGUCCCAUUGUGCUAUAGUUGAUUUAUUUUUAAUUAUAAAGAUGAAAUCGGUUCUUUCAUAUCGAGUUUUAUGUGUAAAUGUAUGAGACUCUUAAACACCACAUUAGUUCUGAAACAUUAGAACAAUGUCAUCCCAGAGUAACACCGGUACCAGUGUCUGCUGUAAUAACGCAAAAUGCUUAUCCACAGCACAGAUACUUGCCUUACAAGAUGAUACUGCACAUAAAAUAAUCCAGCUCUCAGCUGAACAUCACUUUGUGCACCCCGCUGCCCUCCUUUCUCUCUCACGAGGAGCUGCUGUUAAAUGUAAUGACCUUGAAUCCUCUCCAGUCACACAUCAUUUUCUCUUUGUUUAAGUGUCUUUUUUGCAAAGUGAGUUCAUUUUGCAGGUACUCACUUUAUGCAGACAACAACUUUUCACAUUUUACUGUAAGAUAAUUACCCUUUUUUUUGCUGUUCUAAGAGUGUAAAGCUGCAGCAAUGUGUGAAUUAACAGCUAGGGUCAGUCGUCAGGUCCCAACCAGCGGGAAUUGUAGCUCGGGAGGAUGGGGGUGUGAUAAUAAGCUCAUUAGAGUAAAACCCUUGAGGCAUUUGCUGCUUUAUCAGCAAAGUAAACGCAUUAUCGUCCUGUGAUUGUCUGUCCACAUGAUCUAAAGAACAUGUUUGCCUGCAUCACCGUGCCCGGCUUUGCUUCUCUGGUUUUCAUUACAGAGACAUAAACAGACGGCACAGCCUGAAGUUUCAUUAUCAUUUACAGGAUGUUCAAAUUUAAUUCCAAAGACAUGGGAAUGUCUGGUUUCUUCACUGACACUGAACAAAUAGGAUGCUGUUUCUUGGCCCCCUCUCUCUGAUGUGCCUGGCAGAUGAUGGAGAUUUCAAUUACAGAGGCUGCACAUCCUGAGGACUCUCCUACCCCUCCCUUAUUACCUCCCUUAUUACACAGGGUGCACUUAUGGGCUUAGAAAAAGGCCGACUUCAGCUGUGUGGGAUUUUCAUCAUGUCAAAUCACACAAUUUGGGGUGAAUAUAGCUGUGUGAAUGUUUUUUUUUUACAUAAGAAAGUGGUAAAAACUAAACUCAGGGAGACAGUAGAUUUGACAGCGCAUCAUUCUGAAGAUUGUAACAAGUUUGUUACGGCUGUGUGUUUGUUUUGCAUGUGUUUUUCCCCUUUUGUCUCUCCAUAGCUGCCCAGGUGAAAUCACUUGAGUGACAAUCAGACUCACCUGGUGCUGGGAGUCUAAAAGCCCAGAGCUGCCUGCAGUCUGGAGAGGCAUUUGGUGGGGAACUGCUGCCCUGCUGCCUCUCAUUUGUGUUGUGGGUGCUUUGUGUUUAGUUUGCAACUUUGUUGUUUUUUCACAAUAAAUCACGUGUUAAACUUUUGAAGGUGUUUUGGUUAAUUUGAUGGGUAAAAAGUUGAGGAUAGUUGUUAGCCCCAUAGGGCCGCCUUCAGGUGGGGCGUAACAAAUGGGGGCUCGUCCGGGAUCGAUCAUCCAUGAGGUUCUUUGAAGUUGUUUUUUUUCCUUUCGUAACUAGUGAUCAUAGUUUGGGUUUGUUAGUCUUCUGUUUCUGUCACGAUCAUUAGUAGUUGCUUUUAUUUGUAACUUCUGAGCACCCUGAUUAUUUAGUCGCCGGGCAGGGAAGAGCUUGCCACUUUUUUAUUUUGCCUUUCUUAUUUUUGGUGGUAAUCCUGAGGAGGGGGCACACUUAGGUGAUGCCUCGAGCUCGGCAAGCCACUGAAGACUAGUUAGGUAAGUCAGACAUCUUAAGCAGGUAGGGGUUGGGGUGACUCAUUUUGCUCUGAAAUUGUUUUGUUCUAUAGUACUGUUUUUGUUUUUGUGUGUUUCAGAAGACUACCCAUUUUUGCUUGGUCACUCUGGGUGAUAACAAUUAGGAUUUUGUGUGCAGUAACUUGUGUUGUGUGACCAUUCGUUGGUGGUAACUGCUCUCCACAUUUGGUGGGUCACGUGUGAGUUGCAUCUUAGGUGUAAGGUGGCAACAGUUGUGUAGUAGUGACUACUGUGUGACCAUUUUGUGUAGUGGUUUGCAGUCCACAUUUGGUGGGUCACUUGUGUGUUACUGUUUCGUAUACCUAAUUGUAUGUUCCGUUCGUUUGGCUUGUUGCCAGCCUUCUCACAGUAACUUGUGUGUCUUUUGAAGACUUGUGUCCAUUUGUGUUGUGGUGGUGGCAGUCACCUUUUGUUGGAUCUCUGUGUGCUGUUUGUGAAUGACAGCAGUGUUGUAGUUUUACUACUUUUGUUGAUCCGUUUGUGUGUGUGACUGUUCACUCCACUUUAGUGUUGGACAUCUGUUACUGUGUGUGGUAUUGGCAAAUUUAGUGUUUUGCUCUUUGUGUUUGUGUUAACCUCAUGGUAGUAGCCAUUUUGCUUUGUGGGAGUGGCACCCACUUAAUUGGCUGCUUUUGUGAUGGAUGCUCUUGAAUUUGGUUGCAGCAUCUUCCUUGGCCCUAAUUUAAGAUUGUAUUCCUCACGACCCAUUUAGCACCUUUUUGUCAGCAGUGGUUGUCUUCAGUUUUGGUGAACAGUUAAGGUUUUUUUUUAAGCUUGUGCAGUGGUGUGUGUUUUGUGACAAACAGCCUUGGUGAGUAACACCCAUUUAGUUAGUUCUUGUGUUAACAUAGUUGACGUAAUGCACUUUAAUUCAAUGAAUAAAUGUUUGUAUUAUUUGGGAUUUAUGGUGUGCAAUUGUGGUGUUUAUUUUUGCAGUACAAAUGAUUUAUUCAUUGUUUUAAGGGUGGGGGUGUUACGGCUGUGUGUUUGUUUUGCAUGUGUUUUUCCCCUUUUGUCUCUCCAUAGCUGCCCAGGUGAAAUCACUUGAGUGACAAUCAGACUCACCUGGUGCUGGGAGUCUAAAAGCCCAGAGCUGCCUGCAGUCUGGAGAGGCAUUUGGUGGGGAACUGCUGCCCUGCUGCCUCUCAUUUGUGUUGUGGGUGCUUUGUGUUUACUUUGCAAUUUUGUUAUGUUGUCACAUUAAAUCACUUGUUAAACUUUUGAAGUUGUUUGUUAAUUUGAUGGGUAAAAAGUUGAGGAUAGUUGUUAGCCCCAUAGGGCCGCCUAAGGUCUUUAGUUUUUAUUGCAAGAUAGAUUUUUUAACAAUUGGAUAUCAAAUAUCUUCAUAGGCUGCAUAUCUCUUAUGAGAUCUUAGUUGUUUUGAACUUCAUCUUGUAAACAGAAGAAAGGUUUUAGUCCCUCUCAAGCCCUGCCAAAGAGCACCAGAGAAAUAUUGAUUUGCUUUAUGCAAAAAUGUUUUGUUCAGGGUUAGAGUUAAUGUUGUAAUACAGAUCCACUUUUCUUAGUCAAAUAGAGGACACCAUGACGAACGCUAUAGGAAUUCUGUCCUAGAGAUGGAUUAUCAUUGUCAGGGGCAGCUUAUACUGCAGCCCCUCCUGAGUCUGAUGAGGACCCGAGCUGAAAACUCCAGUGUUGAAAAAUGAAGUCAGCGCUUGAGUGCAAAACACUGCAGUUCCACUAAUGUCCACUUGAGGCAGCUUCCAUGGAGGAGGCACCAUGAACAUCCACUUUAAAAGGGUUGUUUUUAUGAAAGAGUUUUAAAAAUGUACAGCCUGGAACAAAAACAGUUUUUGUGUUAAGUGGCUGAACUGUUCUUUUAUAACUCAUUUGUUUAAAAGACAUUAGAGCUAUGAGUUUUGCACAGAAUUGCAUGAUCAGGGGCAUGGUUGAGUGGACUGACAGGCAGAGUAUUGCAGCUAUUUGCCAGGUGGCUGAAAACCCGCCUCAUUCCAACUCCGCCUUUUUUUAGGUUGACCAAACUUACAACCACUAUCUUUGGGUUUUUUAACUUCUCUUUCGAAACCAAUGGUUAAAGUCACUGAGAUUGUGUGUUUUAGUCAGUCUAUGAGAAGAACACUUGAGAGAUGUUGCUAUUGCCUUUUGUGUGCCUGCUGAGUUUUUUUCUUUAUCGGAUAACUUUAAGGCCAUAAACUAAGAAAAGAAACAUGCCAGAUGUCUGUUUUUGACAGUUUUCUUAUAGGUCCCCUGGAGAGAGUGAAUAACAAGUUCACAUAAUAUAGUUUUUUUUUUUCAAUGUCUACUGGCUUUUUUCUGCACUUUUACUUGUUUUGAUCAUUUGGGGUGUUUAAGUUAAAGCAAAAAGCUUUGCUGUAGCUCGUGUCUUGGGCUGCAGCUCAGCUCCCAGCCCCUCUCAACAUCCUUUGACUUCUUAAAAGCAGUGGAGAAACUCUGAUUUUCAUGGCCACUCUGCUAUAUUCAGUGUUUCACAAGUUUAAAUCAUUAGAUUAUUUUGUUUUGAAAGGAAGCCGCCUGAAGGUAAUUUGGCUCCUGAUGAAAACUGAUGGCAGCUCAGCUAGCAGCCCCUCAUUAUGCUAUUUUUACCUUUAAGAUGACUCAUUUAGUAUUUUUCAGUGGUUUUUACGGUCUUUAUUCUUAAAAAAUCAAUAAGGGAGAACUUUUAUUUACAAUAGAGAACUACAGAUACUCUAACACACUAAAUACAGUCAGGAAUAAAGAUAAAAUAAAUCUACUAGAUGUUUUUUGGAAAUGUCUUCUCUUAACUUAAGUCUGAAUAGUUUGAAUAGAAAAAGGGAUCCAACAGCUCUUUCUGUGUCCUCUUGUUGUCUCUGCAGGGACAUGUUGACAUCUUGUUUUGUGUCUUACUAAGAUGAGGUUGGUGUCAGUGUGUCCGACAAACGCUGGCCACGGGGACCGCAGCAAUGAACUAUGGCAGUUCUGUCAGCGCCUGUCCGUCCACCCUGAAACCCGAGCAGGGGAGCUGAAAUGUGUCACUGCACUGUGUCUGUUCAGGGACACUUGUGUUGCUCCCUCUAAUCAAGAGAUUAAUGAACGGAGGUUAUUAUAUGAUUGUCAUUGGACUAAUCGACAGUUUAUGAGAUGGAAAAUUGAUUUUAGAUGGUUUACUGUGGCCCUGCCUUACAGAUUGGCUCUUUUUUUAGCAAAUGAUAUUCAGUUUUUGGGGUUAAAUACAUAAUCCAUUAGUUCAGAAACAUUUUACUUUGUGUGCAGAAAGCAGGCAGGUACAGGUCUCUUAGGUUUGUUUGUGUGUGUGUGUCAGAGUAAAGAGUCUCUUUGAGGUUUCAAGGAUUCAUGACAAAAGCUUAAAUGUGACGUGCAGAAUGCAUGAUGAAACUGGUCAGGUCCAAAUAGAUGCCGAAUAGCCACUGACCCAGAUCCUGCUCUGAUCACUCUGCAUUACUCAGCAUGUCUGUCUGCUCCCUCCCUCUCCUGCUGCCAGGCAUCGUUUCCAUCAUGACUCUGGCGGCCCUGGCUUAUGAGCGCUACAUCCGGGUGGUCCAUGCACAGGUGGUGGAUUUCCCCUGGGCUUGGCGGGCCAUUGCCCACAUCUGGCUGUACUCUCUGGCUUGGACAGGGGCUCCCCUGCUGGGGUGGAAUCGUUACACCCUGGAGAUCCACAAAUUGGGCUGCUCACUGGACUGGGCCUCUAAAGACCCAAAUGAUGCCUCCUUCAUCCUCCUCUUCCUCCUAGCCUGCUUCUUUGUGCCUGUGGGCAUCAUGAUCUACUGCUAUGGGAAUAUCCUCUACACUGUGCAAAUGGUAAGGCAUGUUUCUUUUCUCCUCUGCAUAUUUCAUUAAUAAUGAGUGAGUUAGGCGAAUAAACAGAAUGAAAUACACAGACUUAUAAAUGAAGGGCUGCUGCUGAUGCACGUUUGGGGAGAAGACAUUGUAGAUAAGUGGAAAGUAGAUAAAAACAGUUGUUUAUAACUGAACUGAAUAAACUUUAUCUGAGCAGCCAUUCCUUUUUAAAUGUUAUUCUAAAUUCAACAUGAUUGCUGUUUACAGCACACACACUACUUUACAUUUAACUCAUGAGCCUCCAUUGUGUGCCCCAUGAGUCCAGCAUCAGUGAUUGAAUAUGGAUGACUUGCUUCUAUCUCCAGCCACUGUAAAAAAAAGUGAAGCUAAAAUGCCUCACUCAAGUUCAUUGACAUAUUGCACUCAUUACGUAUUUUGAAUCCAAAGUUGGCAAAAAGGAGGUUAUCUGGUGGAGCUACAGUCUUGAAGAUACACUCCUUAUGCUAACCAAAACAUGUUUUACUUAGUAUAAAAAUGGCAAAGAUCCAUCAUCUCCUCAGCAGAAGAGAUUUUAUGUCAUGACUUUAUGUGCUGCUCUCAAUGCGCGUCUGAUACGAUGCUGCAGCGGAGUUGAUACGCGUCCUGUAUGUUUUGGUGCAUUGAUUAGAAUGGCAACCUAUUUGCUGCGUGAUACGCGAUGCUGCUGCCACGUUCCGAAUACACAUCCUGUAUGUUUUAGCCUUAAGACAACAUAAUCACUUGAAUUAAAAAAAUUCAGUGAAAGAAAUAACUUUAUAAACUUUGCUUAUUAACAAAACUUACUCAAUUCUCCUCUGCCAUUUCUAAUGAUGGUAAAGUUUAUGAUUUAUCCACAUCACCAGCCCUGUGACUGAAACUUUUUAGAAGAGAAAUCACUUCAAGGAAAGUGUUUUUGUCAUGCUUUUAUUUGGAUUUGUUUUUCUGCAUUUAGGUUGCUUUGUUUCUGCAUUGUAAAACUAAGCUUUUAUUUUGAAGUACCUGCGUCAUCUGAUCAUAAGUCAUGGAACUGACUGAGAAGAGUUAAAAGAACAAUUAGAAAGCAUUUAUUCAUUUGAUUAGUAACCUGACAAAGCAUGAGCUCUGAUGUUGUUUUAAGGUUCACAUUAAAUACUUGAAUAUCAGCUCUUAGAAGUCAGCCAGCAGAGGGAGCUCUAAAAGUUUCAGCUUUACUUCUAAGGAGCUUUGCCAUCCUUGUUUUUAUACAGAUUAAGGUCUAUACUGAAUCAGAUUUACAUUAACAAACCAUGUUACAGUCAGCUGUGAGCUCAAUAUCAGAUCAGAGAUAUAACUACAGGAGUUAAAGAGUUUGUCAUCUUGUCAUAUUUGAACUGUUUUUUAAACUCCCAAGUGAAGCCGAGUGUUACUGUGUGUUUGGGUAAAGGGCUCUGAAAUAUUCUUUGUCAUAUGUUAUUUGAUCAAGAUCAAUCUUCGUUUCCUGGUUUCUCUAAAGGUUACCAAACAGCUUAAAGUGACUCUUCACACCUUUUCACCCUGACUUCCAUCAUCUCUUAGUUCAAAUCAGCGUGAAGUAGCAUCAAAUUGCUUCCACUCCAUCUACUUUCCACAUUUAUCUGUCACCUAAACUAUGACUCACCUUUGAACUGCUUUCAGCACUUUUCCAAGACUACAGCACUGAGCUUAUGUACAUUUUCUCCACAGAGUUGAGUCAGAUGUAAAAUAAAGUAUUUAAAUUCUGAAUAUAAUGAAGCUAUUAUUACUUUGGCCUUGUGUGGAUACAGAGUCGGCAGAGUCCACCGGGGUUUUCAUUUUAAUGAAAAAUCCUUGACCCUCUCUGGCCAAGUGCUGCCCUUCACUCCUUUUUCAUUUCACCCUCAUUAUCAUAAAACACUUUGGUACCUUUAGGGCUGGAUCUGUACAGUUGGAAUAAUUGCAACGCUUAUUGUUCUUUAGAUCUGCGCUGAGCUUGGAAAGUACAGUGACAUAAGCAGGCUCAUGUUAAUUAUCCCUGCAGAAACACAGCUGAAAGUUAAUCUGGAGCCAAAAAUUCUCUAAUCUGUUUGCAGCUGUAUGGAGCAGAUGGCCACUUGAAUGUUUGAACAAAAUUGAGUGUCAGCAAAUGUGUGAAUGAGAAAAAGAUGCGAUUCUAAACAAAUGACCCAGAUUUCUGUCUGCAUCACAGUUUAGUGUUACAGCUUUGUUUUCUUGGUUUAGUAGUCACAACCUUGUGGGAAGUGUGAGCCAUAACUUACUGGGCUUUUUGAAUCACAACCUUCCUCAACACCUGUAAUCUCUGCCAAUGAUGCUGAGAACUUCAGUUAUGUUAGCUGGUGGGAAAAGAUCUAAAAGCUUAUCACACAGCAGAAAAUGUCAACAUAUUUUUCAGCCUGUUGUGUGUAGGCAAGCUCUGAAUUGAUAAGACCAGCAAACCUUAAAUUCCCUGAUAAACAUCAGUCAGAACCUGCCGCACUCAUACUGCAGUUAUGGUUGUCACUGUACCAGAUUUUUGGACUUAAACUGUUCUAUAAAAUAUCAAACAACAUCCAUUAUCCUGUCCAAUAUUGGAUAGGACAGAAAAUGGAAACAAGAUAAUCAAAAUGUAAUGAUUACUUUGCUGUCUGCUGUGCCACACUUGUUUUCCUUCAGUCUUAUGUUGUGAAUGGAGCGCACCUCACUUCCUCGCUUCACAGCAGGGGCUGUACUCUGCCCUUUUUCUCAGCUCUCACUCCUGCUUGUAUUGAGAGGCUAUAACAGGUCAUUGUGAACAGGAGCUCCAAUAGAUACCCAACAAAGUCUGGAAGAUGGAUGUUUCAAAUCAUAUCACUGCUGCACCAUCAAUUUCAACAGUACAAAUCAAAAUUACCAGACAGACACAGAUAGAAAGAGAAGCGUUAUGUUGUAUCACAAGGGAAAGGAGCAGGAGGAGCAGGGAACCUCUUGGGUGGUACUUGGUACUUGUGCGGUAAAAAAAACAAAAAAAACACAACAGUUGAUCAAAUAUGAAAUCAUUUUUCCCCCCAAAGUGUUUAGAAGAGUUUUCAGAUUUAUUUAUACAUGUUGUGUUAAAUCCACAUGUAAUGGCGUUAAAUAAAUGUGAUCUGAAUAUCAGUCAAAAUGAUGACGAUUAUGAUUUUUGACACCAUUGAGCAAUCCUGGUCUGCCCUCUUCUGUAAACUGAAAGCAUCAUUUUUUUUUAUUGCGUUGCUGUGUUUGGGAUAUUUCUCUGUGCCAGACUUUGUUUAGAAGUGUUGAGCCUACAGCACACAGUCCAGUGUUUCCCACAGGACGGGAAUCUAUUUGUGGCGGUGUGUGAUCACGGUGUGUGGUGAUCGACUCACAGAGCGGGGAUGGGGGGGGUUAAUUAAUCAGCUGUGUGAUUGCAGAGGACAACUCGCUAACUCACUAAUACUAGGCGUUGCCCAUUGGGCCGCAUAUACAGAUACAGACACAUACUGAGUCCAAGGAAGCGCCAAAAACCCUCUUUUGUAAUGUGUGGCGGCUUUUAUUUUGCAGUGGCGGUAUGCCAUGAUUAAUUACAUGUAGGAUAAACCAGAAGAAAACCUACAGGGGAACAGUUGACACCUCUGUCUUCCCUCUGCUCUCUGUCUGACUGAAUUAGGUACAGAUAUAACUUUUUAAUCUUUAGGGGAAGCCACAGAGAUUUCACAGCGUAUGUGUGAAUGAGACCUGUUAGUGGUGUUACAGCUGCAGAUAAAAGCUGCAGGUGUGACAGAAACCUGAGCAGAGAGGCACGUGUUGAGUGAAAGAUUAAUUCAGCUGCAUUUGUACAGAGUCUAGCACUUUCCUACAAGUUUCUGUAGAGUUGUGGAUGUGUUUAUCAGUUCUUUAUAGUUAAACUGUUGUAAAACAAUCCCAAAAUAACAUCUCACUGCUCAAAACCACCACCAUGCAGACACACCAAGAAGUCCACUCCUACCUCUUUUAAUGAAUUCCUCAGUCCCCUGCUCUUCACAGUGUUGACCCACGACUGCACACAACAUUCACUACCAACCACAUAGUGAGGUUUUGCAGAAGAUACAACUGUGGUGGGUCUAACCUCCAACAAGGAUGAGACAAACUACAGGAAGAAGGUCAGCCAUCUGUCCAUGUGGUACAGAAAUAACAAUCUCCUUUUAAAUGUGGACGAGACCAAGGAGAUUGUCCUGGACUUCGGAAGAGGCCAUAUCCAACACUGACCAUCAGUUCUGCUGUGGAGACAAUGUACAGCACCAAAUUUCUGAGGAUGCAAAUCAGUGAGGACCUUUCCUGAGCAGCCAACUGCACAUCACUGGCGAAGAAAUCCCAGCGGGGCCUCUACUUCCUCCGCAGACUGAAGAGAGCAAGAGCCCCACCCAUCCAUCAUGUGUUUACUGAGGAACCGUUGAGAGCCUCCUGACCAGCUUUGUCACUGUGUGGUUCAGGAGCUGCACAGAAAAGUACAGGAAAACAUUGCAGCGCAUAGUGCACAUAGUGGGGCAGAUCAUUGGUGUCUCACUUCUCUUCCUCCUGGACGUUUACAAAACCCGCCUCACCCGCAAAGCAGUGGGCAUUGCGAGGGACUCCAGCCACCCCCUGCACAGCCUGUUCAGCCUGUUCAGCCUUCUGGGAGAAAGUACUGGAGCCUCCAGGCCUGCUCUACCAGACUUAUGAACGAUGUCACCCACCCUGUCACCUCCCCCUCUCCCCUCCCUGUCACCUCCCCCUCUGUCCCCCCAAACAUUAGACUCUGAACCCCCUCUCAACCCUUUCUGGGCACAUAGUAUUUGCACCAUAAAAAACUUUGCUGCCACUGUCACAGAAUCACCUGGUUCUGUAUUUUGCACAUCUUUGUUUUUUGCACUACAACUCCACUUUUUACAUGAAUGCUUACUGUUUACAUGCUCUUUACAUCAAAGAAAUACUGCAGACUGAAACCACCACCGAAAGAUAUACAGAGUAGAUCUGUAUAUCUUUAAAAUCAUUUCACUGCAUUUCCACACUGUGGGUUGGAGAGAAAUGUCUUUUUCGAUUCCUGUGUGUGUCCUCACAUACUGCAGUAACUUCAGAUAAAAAGCUCAAAUCUGGUUUGGGUAAAUUUGUCACACUUGCUUGACCACAGCUUCUGUCUUCCAUUCACUUGAGGCAGCUUUUGGUUAAAACAUGACUAAAAAUCUGUAGUUUUCUGUAGCUUGCAUGAAUGUUACCCACAUUAUACAUGUUUGAAAAUUAUACGUCCUGUUUGAACAAGAACCAAAGUAUUGAAAAUGUUGACAUUAUAGCUGUGAUAAGACCAAUCCUGGUGUUAGACAACAUCCCAUUGGUCUCCACAUGAUUUGAGACUUUUGACAGUCCAAAUAAGUUUUGGCAUGUGUGAAUAAUCAGAUCCUCAUUCUUUUGAAUUCAAAUUAUUAUUCAUACAUCCAUGCAUACAAGGAAAAUUCAAUAUUCUUUAAACAUUAACACUGAAGCUCCAAUUCAAAUAGGUUGUUGUUGUUGUUGUUGUUGUUGUUGUUUUUUUUUAAAGUGUGAAUAAUUUUGACUUGAAAAGUGAAAAUGCAUUUAAAAAAUGAAGUGCAUGUGGAUAAAUUAUAUCCUGAAGUCUGACUAGUGAACACUUAAGUUCCCUAAAACUAAUUUGAUCAACAAAUUAUGUGUUGUUGAAUAAACAAAUAUCAAUUCUGCUCAGGAUGGAACACAUUAUCAGGCUUUGCUAUCCAGGCUGAUGCUGACCUGCCUGAAAAUUCCCCCAGUUUAUAUCUGAAAACAGCUGAGAAGGUAUAAGGAAAGGGUGUUAUGAAAACUGCAGCACAUAGAUAAAAAAAGAAGUGGUGAAUUCAUUAAAGCAGAUGAAAACUUGGAUUGAUUCAGUCAACGGCUGUGCACCAACCUGAGGGAGUCUAGAAACAGUAAUAUGUUAUUCACUGUCUCAUCACUUCAGCUGGAGUAUUACACUAACCUACAGAGUCUGCUGCUGAGGUAUCACUGCACUGUUUCCAUGAGCUGUGCCGGCCAAAGUUAAGAAAUAAUUAAAUACAUUUAAGAUAUUUACACACAGAGGUACUCUCAAUGGCGAGAGUCUCUCUCCGUCACUUAAACUGCUUUUACUAACAAUCUUAAGUUAUAAAAUAUUUGUUGGCUAAAAACAAGUAGAAGCUGAAUUGAUUCCUCCUGGUGUGACUGUUUUUUGCACCUUAAAGAAUCUACUGACUCACUUUAUUGCAGAAACACAAUCCUUUAUGCUUUGUGUUUUUGUGUGAUAGUAUAGUCAUCAAACACACCAAACACUCAAACUGCAAAGCAAACUGCUUCUUUAUACUUUCAUAUUAAAAAAGCUGAUGACAAUAGUAACUUAAUACAUGAGCUUUAUAACAUAACAGCACAACAACCCAAGAUGCACUAUGGUAAAUUACACCCAGGAGAGAGAUUAAAAGUCCCUUAUUUAAAGCCAAGAUCAUCAUUCACAAAGCAAUGCAGGAGCAACACCAUGGCAGGCAAUAAACCUCUAAUCAUCAUUUAUUGCUCAUAAGGUUUUUAGAAGGCGCAGGAUCAUCUGAAAGGACUCCACCUCUGCAAAACAAACAAGUUAUAGAAGAUCAUUGUAAACACGGAAACAGCUAAGGCUUGUUCUCAACAGUCCUCAGUUUAGCAUGGGGGCUGUGAGCUGAGCUGUCAUCAGUUUUAGCUUACUACUUCAACUUCAACUUUAUUUCAUUUAUAUGGCACUUUUCCUACAAGUUGUAACACAAAGUGCCUUACAAAGCAUAAAAAGAAAAUUAAACAUUAAAAUCCCCAAGAAAACCCCAAACCUCCCACCCGCACAAUUAUACCCAUACACACACCCGUGAACAUAGACAUACAUUUCCACACACACAACUUCACAUACACACGCACCUACACAGUUCGCAGCUGAUGGUGAGGAGACAUGACUGGGCACUGAGAUCUGAGGUGAGGAAGACGCUACCUUUGGGGGCCACGUCGACCGGGAGGCAUCCUGGCCCAUUGCUGCAGGGGGCGCCGUCACAGGGACCACCAGCCCGGGCAGACAGGAGGCUCCGCACUAAGGUGUAGAGCUCUCUGGUUCCACCCGGGCCAGAGCUGUCCCCAGAACGGCGCCCCCACCAACAGACCAGAACCCGCUCCCGGUGAAGCAGCCCCCAGGAUGAAACACUGGAAAAACUGAGGGACUAAAAGAAUAAAAUAAGACAUAAAAGUAUAGAAACUAAAACUGAAGGAAUAAAACUGUAAUCGCUAAGACAGAACCAGUAAAUAAUGUAAGAUAAAAAGAUUCUGUGCACUGUAAAACACGCCAGACUAAAAUUAAUAAUAAAAUUGAUAGAUUGAAGUAUAAAAUAGAACGGUAAUAAAAAGUGUUAGAUAGUAAAACAAUAAAAGUGAGCAUAAAAGGGGUUAAAAGAGUUAAACUAGUCAAUUAAAAGCCUGAUUAAAAAGAUUACUAACUCACUAAUUUCUUCAUUAGAUCAGUUAGUGUCAUUAAAAGCACCGGUGUCCUGAUGUUUAUUAUAAGGGAAGUUGUGGGUUGGCAAUGUUUAUGUCAUGUGUCAGAGUUAUCCCAGAGUGAGACAGCCUUAUGAGAUCAUAUCAUGAGAGGAACAUACCGUCUGUUCAAUUUGAAAUGUCACUGCUUGGUGAAUUUCCCUGAAAGAUUAUAAAUGUAAUGCAGCUUCCUGCUCUGUGCUUUGUUGCUGGGGAUUUUCUUCUUGCUUUGCUAAACUUUCCAUGCUAGUUUUAGAUUUAAGACUGCUACUUGAAAAUUAAAUCUUUGCCUUGUUUCCUUAUAAACAGAAGACCAGCUGUGGUUUAAAGCUGUGAUAUCCACCCAGAGACAUCUGUCUUAAAGGUUCAUGAAACUCCAAAGAUACAAUCUGAGGGAUAAUAAAGAGUUUCUUACAACCAAGAGAAACCAAGCUGGUUUAUGUACCGAACUGUUGACAGGUUGUCAAUAUGAGAGAAAAAACAGAUAUUGCAAUAUUGCUUUUUCCUGUGCAGUAAACUGGAUAAUGUAAUAAGAGUUUGGAUGGAUGAGUCUUUCCUUCCCUCACUGGAGUUGUGUGCCUCUCAGUCAGCCUGUCUUGUCAUCAGGCCAGUGUCCUCCUCACAGUAUCAUGUUUCACUCUCCUGUUUCCUGUAGCUGCGCUCCAUCCAAGACCUCCAGACGGUCCAGAUCAUCAAGAUUCUGCGGUACGAGAAGAAGGUAGCUGUGAUGUUCUUCCUGAUGAUCUCCUGCUUCUUGAUGUGCUGGACGCCCUACGCUAUCGUCUCUAUGGUGGAGGCCUUCGGCAGUAAGAGCAUGGUCUCCCCCACUCUGGCCAUCAUCCCCUCUUUCUUUGCCAAGUCCAGCACGGCCUACAACCCACUCAUCUAUGUGUUCAUGAGCAGGAAGGUUUGUAGCUCUGCUUUUUACUUUGAAGUUUAAGAGGACUUUUUGUUGACUGUGAGUGCUGCAUAAGUUAAAGCUGAGCUGAAGUUUUUACUGCCGUCUGAAAUACAAUGCUCUUCUCUGGGGAGUCGUGAUCGCCCUCUUCCUGGGUGUUGGGUCGAUUUUUUCCCCUCCAGUGACCAAAGCUGAACUCUCUGUGAACAAAUAGGGCAAAUCAAUCGGCUCUCAAUCAGGGGCUAUGGUUUCAUGCUGCUGCAGUUUGAGCAGAAAAGGAGCUUUUGUAUUUGUCAAAAAGACAGCAUUUCUGUGAGCAUUUAGGGAGCAUUUUCACACUGAAUAAGGACAAUCUUGCAAAAAUGUGGGAUAUUACCUGAUUCAAUUUAAGAUGGAAAUUUGCAUCUUAAGAUUUACUUUAUUUUUCAGCACCUUAAUAUGUGCAGCAAGCAUGGACUGUGUGUAGGAGUGAGAUGGUCGUUGGUCUCAGUGUGCUGGCACACUCCAAGGCUGCUACCUUUUUGAGUGUGAGAUGGUAAAAUGAUUAAAGACGGGGUGUUAUUUCACCUCUUUAUCUCUUCUCCUGCACAGUUUCGACGCUGUUUGCUGCAGUUGCUCUGCUCACGACUCUCCUGGCUUCAGCGCAGCCUUAAAGAGCGCCCCCUCGCUCCGGUCGAGCGCCCCAUCCGACCCAUUGUGGUGUCAAGGCCGUACGGCAGCAAGGACCGACCCAAGAAGAGGGUGACCUUCAGCUCCUCUUCCAUCGUCUUUAUCAUCACCAGCAAUGACUUCCAUCAACUGGAUGUGACCUCAAAGGCUGCUGAAUCAAGCGAGGUUAAUGUCAUCCAAGUGAGGCCAUUAUGAUCCACAAAGACUGGACUUCUCUCCCUGCCACAACCCCCCCUACUCUGUUUGCCUUAGGACCUCACACGCAACUCCAAGCCAAAACGACCCUGUGUGACCUUCCCGGAUACUGUUUGCAUCUACACAGACUUGUUCUCGUGUGUUCAGACGAAAAGCGAAGUGAGUUUUUAAAGCAGGAAUUGACAUUAAAGUCAACAGUGAUGCUGUUUGCUUCAGUUGUAUUUUUGGGCUCCAUUUCAGAAAUUAAAAUGUUGUGUUGCAAGGUCAUAUUAUAAGAGCGACUGUUAGGAAGCUUUUUGCAUUUUAUAUUUUGCUAACAGACCUAACAAAACCAGAAUCUUUAUAAAUUGCCAUGAUAUUUUUGAUUUAGUAUCUACUUGUUUACUGUGUUUUAACAACAGCAGCACCUGGGAAGAUUCAUGGACAGUAUAUAAGAUGGACAGCAUGUUUCUUUCUCCUCCUACUGUACAAAAUUAAAGCCAAAAUACCCCCUGGAAACAUAUUGCACUAGUGACAUCCCACCACGAUGAAAGCACAUGUUUAACCUAUCAGUAACAUGUCAGAUUCUGUACAUCGGUAAGUCUACGUCUCUACAGAUUCAUGUGUUGGUUUGAAGCCAACAUUUAGAGACAUACAGAGAGUUUGUUGACUUACACUAAGAAAGGCUGGCUUGACUUUCAUUCUGCCAUCAAUGGUUAUUAAGAAGACCACUUUGACCCUCAGGUGCAAUGAAUCUGGCAUGCAUCUUAUAUCCAUCUCAUACUGAAAAUCUGGAGAAUUGAAGGCAGGCUUGUUUCUCUUUUAUUGAGCUGCAUAAUUCUCUGAGAAAAAUAUGACAGUAGAGGGCUGUAGCGGCUUUGGGCCAGCCUGGUUUUGUCACAAUGAUGAAAAAUGGAGUAUAGCAACAUUUCUGAAAUACUUUUGAAACUGAAAGCCUCUUUUUUUGUUUGUUUUUUUGCCCCCUCCCUAAAUCUGUGUCAUUUGCAAAACUCUGUAUUUGAGUAUACGCUGAACUUCAGAUUAAAAGAAGUUGUCAGUAAACGUAGAUGCAGCAGGUCUGCUAUUCUGGUUAUCGCACAAUAUCAAGAUAUUGGUAAUAUUUUUUGUUGUCAAGCUCCCUCUCCAUCCAUUGCUCUGCUCAGCCUUCAGCUCGGUAUUUUGACUUGUGUAUGCAGAUUAAGCCCCCAUCUUCAAUGCAAAGUCUGCUUAGGUCACUGUUUUUCCCCUUUAGUUGGUGUAUUCCAGUUUGUACCAACAGAGUUGUCAGUCAUGAUGCUAUAUCUUAUUUUUUUUAUCAUUGUCAUUGACCAAAAUACAGGUCAAAUAAAAUUGCCUUAAAGAAACGGUGUAUUUGAUCUGUAUUUUGAUUUUCAAGUUUGAUCUUUAUUCAACCUGUUAACAUGGAGGAGGCAGACUUUCUUACCUUUACUGCAUCCAGUCACCAGGGGGAGCCCCAGAUGUCUUGGCUUCACUUUUUGGGGAGCUGUCAUACUGUUCAUCUCUUUAUACAGUCUAUGAUUAUGAUUUCAUUUGAAGGUCAAACAUUUCUGGAUAUGAAAAUAAGAAGUGGGUUGUGAUUUAUCAGCACAAAUAAGAGAGUUUUACUCUUUAUAAUAAGAGAGUUUUUCACUUUAGAGAGUGAAAUUUAACAAUGCUUUGGUCUGAACACAGUGAAAAAAAAAACUGUAAAUAAUCAACCGUCAGCCCGAGAUCUUAGCUGAACCUUUGUUCCUGAGAGUGUUUUGUGUAAGCAGGUAGUCUGACAGUGUGUCAUACUCAUCUUACAUCAGCUGUGGUGAUAGAAGUGCAUAAUGGUGUAGUAACAGUUAGUCAUGUGUUUCCUUUAGAAGAAGAGUCACAUUUAUCUGUUCAAUAUGCCACACAGUACAUCUGCAGAGCAGUGUCUUUAGGGGCCAGCUGUGAUAUGGACCAAUAUGUGAUACUAGAGGAUUUUGGUUGGUACCCAACUGUAAAAUAAGCCUUAGCUCCUUAGCCAUACACCAUUCUGCACAAACUGACCUGAUUGUGUAUGGAUUCAAUAAAGAGAUGCUAUUUUGA